GCGGUGGGCCCGGCUGCUGCAGCAGCCGCAGCGCCGGCCGCGGCUCCGGCUCCGGCUCCCGGGCAUUUAAAGGGGACGCGGCGGCGGCCCGGGGGGAUGGGGGGCAGGUGGAGGGGACGGCCCAGACGCACAUCAUCCACAGUCCCUCGGGACUGGAGGGACUCGUGAGCCGGAGCCCAGAAACCCGGGGGUGGAUAAGACACCGCGUCCCCUCCAAAUCCCGUAAGCACCCCUUGCUCCAUCCUGCGCCCAAAUACCUCAGCUACCCCCCCCCCACUCCUUACACUCCAAACUCAGCCGGGACAGACCUCUGCCGCCGCCGCCCCCACCUGGAGGCCGACUGAGUCCCUGCAGGUGGUGCCCAAGGUGAUGUACUGACCAUGAGCGGGUGUUUCCCAGUUUCUGGCCUCCGAUGCCUGUCUAGGGACGGCGGGAUGGCCGCGCAGGGCGCGCCUCGCUUCCUCCUGAUCUUCGACUUCGAUGAGACUAUCGUGGACGAAAACAGCGACGACUCAAUCGUGCGUGCGGCGCCUGGCCAGCGGCUGCCCGAGAGCCUGCGUGCCACCUACCGCGAGGGCUUCUACAACGAGUACAUGCAGCGCGUCUUCAAGUACCUGGGCGAGCAGGGUGUGCGGCCGCGGGACCUGCGCGCUGUCUACGAAGCCAUCCCUUUGUCGCCUGGCAUGAGCGACCUGCUGCAGUUUGUGGCCAAGCAGGGUGCCUGCUUCGAGGUUAUUCUCAUCUCCGACGCCAACACCUUCGGCGUGGAGAGCGCGCUGCGCGCCGCCGGCCACCACGGCCUGUUCCGCCGCAUCCUCAGCAACCCGUCGGGGCCCGACGCGCGGGGCCUGCUGGCGCUGCGGCCCUUCCACACACACAGCUGCACGCGCUGCCCCGCCAACAUGUGCAAGCACAAGGUGCUCAGCGACUACCUGCGCGAGCGGGCCCACGACGGCGUGCACUUCGAGCGCCUCUUCUACGUGGGCGACGGCGCCAACGACUUCUGCCCCAUGGGGCUGCUGGCGGGCGGCGACGUGGCCUUCCCGCGCCACGGCUACCCCAUGCACCGCCUCAUCCAGGAGGCGCAGAAGGCCGAGCCCAGCUCCGUCCGCGCCAGCGUGGUCCCCUGGGAAACCGCCGCCGACGUGCGCCUCCACCUGCAACAGGUGCUGAAGACGUGCUGAGGACGGCCGCCUGCAGGGGGCGCCCCGGGCGGACGGGCGGAGGAGGGGCCGGGGAGGGGGGAAUUGGGAAAGACAAACCUAGUUUAAUUACUCCCUUUCCCUUUUGCUUUGCUAUGUCCCUGGGGGGGGGUAGGGGGUCUGGAAUCUCGUCCCUUUGGGGGCUGAGGGAGGGGGAAUUCGAAGCCGUCCCUAUCUAUGCAGUUAACCCAGCUAGGCUGCCUCCCCUAGUUCAGUUCCACCGCAAAAAGUUAACUUCCGGAGUCUGGACCAACGCGGGGUGUUUCCACAAACCGUGCCCUUCGAACUGGGAGGAAGGUGCUCCCGCAGGUGAGAGAAGGGACGUCUCCCCCUGCUGUAGCUGGGCGCCUGACCUCCCCUCCUCCAGUCUUCUGUCAAGGGAACCCAGGACCCCGACAUACCGACUGUCCCAGGCCUUCUCUAUCUUACUUCACCCACCACAACCCCAAGCUAUUUCUGCACUCGCUACACCUUCUUGCCUUCUGCCCCCGGCCCAUCCCUCUAGCACCCCCAAAGGAAAAAAAAAAAAGCCGGAGGGACCAGCGGCCUCGGCCUCCCGGUGGUGGAACGAGGAAGCACACUGUCCCGCUCGGGUCUGGCCAGCCAGGGACCUGGUAGCGUGUGACAGUGUUCUCCUCGCACCCCAGCCUCGUCUAUGCAGCAAGAGACCAGGGACUUCACCAAAGUCGCCCCGGUGGGCUGGGCCCUCUGCGCCCCCCUCCUCUUGUUUGGAACAGAAAGCCAUGAUGAUUCUAAGCUGAACCAGCGAAACCCAAGCCCCUCCUCCCUCUGGUGUUUUAGAACUAUAAAGGAGGUGAAGGGGAA